AUGGAGCAGCCUGACAUCGAGAGCGCCCCUCCCGUGAGAGUCUUGACUCCGCUGGACUGCAGCGACUGGAAGCUCCGGGAAGAGAAGCAACGGCGGCUGUGUAUUGAGAAGAUCCAGCAAUUUGAAGUGUGGCGAGAGGAGCAGCAGCAGAAGCGCGACAGCCUCGACGUGCAGAGGCGGGAGCGACUCAAAGAAGCUCAAAAUGCCAAAGAGGAGGCGGCCGCCAAGCGCUCCCUUCAGGCCAUGAUGCAGCGCCGGCUGCGGCAACUGGAGGCCGCGCAGCGCGCCGACGCGCGCCGCGCGGCGCUGCAGCAGCGCGAGGAGCUCCGGGAGCGACGCCUCGAGCGGCGGUCGACGCAGCUGGCGAAGCUCUCAUCCUUGAAGUCCAUCAAUCGCUCCAUGGACAUCGAGCGCCAGCGCCGCAAGGAGUUGGCGGCUCGCGAGCUGCAGGAGGAGCAUUUGAGGCGCAAGGCAGAGCGUGCAGAGGCUUUGGCGUUCGAGAGGCAGAGGCUUUGGAAGGUCCGGCAACAGGAGCGGCAGGAGACCAAAGCAAGCUGUGAAGCGCUGAAGGAGGAGUUAUUGCGACUGCGGGCUCGAAACCCCACCCAGAGGGCACAAAGUGCGCCGGCCUUGCGAGCUGCGCGUGGCGUGGAGGAGCUCGCGUUGCGCGAGUGCUUGCCCCGCGCGUUGAAGCGGUGCUGCGGCUACCGAUCCGUCUUGGCCAAGACGGAUGCUGAGCUACCCGAGCUGCCCCGGAGGGUCUUCGGCUUCGAGGCCACCAUCGUGGAAAAAGACAUGGAAUCGCUGCUUCCCAAACUGCAUGAGCACUUGAAGUCUUGGGAUGCCUACAACGGCACGCCGGUCUUUGUGUACUUCUACGGCGGCGAGGCGCACCCGCCCUACUACGCCAGCCGCGUGGAGCCGCACGAGCGCGGCUGGGCACCGGACCCACUGAUGGACGUGUUCCUGGCGCUGCACCGGCGGACGGAUCAGGUGGCACGCGAACUGGCUGAGAUUUGGCCACCAAGACCCCGCGUUGAUGGCAAGUGGAAGAAGGAGCACGGCUUAGCUUUCUACCUCGGCGAUCACGGGGAGCAGCUCACUGGCCACGACCCCCCGCCACAUGGGAACUUGGUCUCGCCCGACGUCUCACGCACCUUGCUGGCGCUGGAGGCACGUGCAUGGAAGACCAAGAGCCAUUCCGGUGGUUUGGUGCGGAUGGCUGAUGUGUAUGCCACCGUGGCGCAGGUGGUUGGCAUGGAGAUGAAUGGGCCUCUCUUUUUGGGGCGGAACCUGCUGAGUGCAGCCAACUCAUCACAGCAUGCUGCGAUCUCUUCGUUUUCUUUCUACCGCCCAGGAGACCUGGCUGCCGUGCACUUUGUGGCCGAUGGUGCGCUUUGUAGCACAGAGUUCCAACGCCGCAACACAGGGUGGUCGCUGCUGCAGGUGGACGCGCUGCAAGAGCCCUUCGGCUCGGGGAAGAGCUUCUCAAGGACGAUGGAGGGGCUGGACAGUUGCCAACGCGAUGCGAUGUCACAGCUGCGUUGGGCCUUAGCACGGCGGCAGCAGACCAACGCCCUCCUGACGGAGUCGAACGUCCACGCAGCAUGGUUGAUGGCCAGCAUGAGAGCCGCUGCUUUGAAAGCCCAGGCGAUGGCCGUUUGGGUGGCAAAGUCCAUGUUGCGGCCCUUCCUCCCAGGGCCGUCCAUGGCACAAGCGGAGCUCAACUGCAGUGAGCCGAACUGGACGUGGAUCCCUGGAUGGGAGUCGUGA